AUGAGUGACCACCACGAAUCCUCAAAUAAGUCAAACUCAGUGUGUAAUGAUCUCCGUCUGGAGGGAACAUUUUGCGACGCAAUCAUCAAAGUUGAGGACAUCGAAUUUCCAGUCCACAGGAUCGUUCUCUGUCAGUGCAGUUCUUACUUCAUAGCUCUCUUUAAACGCUGGGCAACUCCAGACAAAAAGAUCUUUGACAUACCGGGCUUAUCUCCUGACAUGAUGCAGCUCAUCAUUGAGUUUGCUUACAGUGGCUCUGUUUCUGUGACUGAGGACAACGUACAGGAGCUGCUGCAUGCAGCCGAUCAGCUCAACGUAAUGGACGUUGUGCAAACUUGCUGCAACUUCCUGGGAGAGCAUCUCUGCCCUGAGAACUGCGUCGGCAUCUUUCAUCUCACCAACAUCAUCUUCCACUCCGAAUUGCAGCGCAAGGCCUACCGCUACAUCAUUGAUCACUUUGAGGAAGUUGUUUACACUGAAGAGUUCCUACAGCUGUCUGUGCAGGAACUCACUGGCAUCAUUGAACGAGACGACCUCAAUGUGAGACUGGAGAGCACUGUGUAUGAGGCCAUCCUGCGCUGGAUCUCCCACAAACCUGCGGAGAGAAACGGAUACAUUGCUGAGCUCCUGUAUAAGGUCCGCUUGGCCUUGUUGAGUCUGGACUAUUUUACCAUCAAUGUGAUGUCCAAUGUGCUGGUGCAAAACAACGCUGAGUGCCUGUCUAGGGUGAGAGAAGCCCACAUAACCUUACAACGCAUCAGGGCAAACAGGACCUCUCUGUCUCGUCUCUGCAGCCCCCUUGCCCGGCCUCGCCUGCCUAAUGCCAUCCUGUUGUCCAUUGGAGGCUGGAGCGGUGGUGACCCAACCAACGGCAUAGAGGCGUAUGAUAUCCGCGCUGACUACUGGAUCAAUGUGACAAACAACCACGAGCGUCCUCGUGCCUAUCAUGGCACCGCUUUCCUCAAUGGGGAUCUUUACUGUGUUGGCGGCUUUGACAGAGCGGAGCAUUUCAACAGCGUGCGCAGGUUCGACCUUAGCUCACACACCUGGCAUGAGGUGGCAUCCAUGUACUACCGCCGCUGCUAUGUCAGCGUCACCGUGCUGAGUGGGUGCAUCUAUGCCAUGGGAGGUUAUGAUGGUCAUACACGACUCAGCACUGCAGAGCGCUACAGGCCCGAGACCAACCAGUGGAGUCUUAUUGCUCCUAUGCACGAACUCAGGAGCGACGCCAGCUGCACAACACUCAACAACAAGGUUUACAUUUGUGGUGGUUUCAAUGGAAACGAGUGCCUGCAAACAGCUGAAUGUUACAGCCCAGAGACCAACCAAUGGACGAUGAUCAGCCCCAUGAACUCCCGGCGCAGUGGAAUUGGAGUCAUUGCAUAUGCAGAUCAUGUUUAUGCAGUUGGUGGCUUUGAUGGCACUGUCCGUUUGCAGAGCGCAGAGGCAUACAACCCCCGGACCGACACCUGGCAGGAUGUGGCCUCCAUGUUAACCCCUCGCAGCAACUUUGGCAUUGAAGUGCUCGACAAUCUUCUCUUUGUUGCCGGGGGCUUCAACGGUUAUACUACCUCCUAUAACGUUGAGUACUAUGACGCAAUAACUGAUGAGUGGAAUGAGGCCUGCGACAUGGACAUUUACCGCAGCGCCCUGAGCUGCUGCGUGGUGUCCGGGCUCCCUAACACGGUCGACUAUGUUAUCCCUCGUAACGCUCUGCAGUUUUUCCGAACAGGUGAUGAGGAUGAGUCUGGUGAGUUUGUCGACGCAGAGGACGUGGUCUAA